AUACAAGAUACUGGUCCAUGUACGAACCGACACGAACGAGAAGCCGCAUCCGUGCUUCCAGUGCGACAAGAGCUUCAGCGGAGUCGAAAACCUGAAGAUCCACGCGCGCUCUCACACCAGCGUGCGUUCCUACGUCUGUCCCUUCGAGAGUUGCACAAAGGCUUACUCGACGUUCUCUGACAGUGUCAAGCAUACUACAACUCACGCUGUAGCGAAGCCCGCGUACUGCAAGGUGCCGGGCUGCCCGAAGAGGUCGACCGCGCCGUCGUCCUUGAGGAAGCACGUUAAAACCUACCGCUACUACGUGACGAACAACGACAAGGUCCAAGAAAAGAGCUUCGACGCAAGCAACGUUCAGGAAAAAAAUAAGCGUUGA